AUGUAGCAGCUUAAUUGCCGAUCGGAGUUCGCAGAAAAAUAAAAAAUGCUGCGGACACGGUUGGUAUGGUUCACGGUGGGUUUCUCAGUAUCAACGGCGGCGAUUGGUCAAUUCAUUUGGAGAGAUCUUUUGGUUGACCGAUAUACCCUUUCCUCCACUACGAAGCAUAAUUUUGAUGGACUUGAAGACAGACUCCGUAAUCUUGAAUCUUCCGUCAACUCCAAUUCAUCUCCUGCCCAGGUUGAAGGUUAAAAUUUAGAAAUUGCAUGGAGCUGAAGUCAACAAAUCGCUUUUCGAUUGGUGAAUUUGUUUCGUUUGUUGCUCAGAACAUUUGAGAUUAUAUGAAAAUAUAGUGGAGAAAUGUAUAAGUCAAAUCAUUUCAUAUAAGAAUCGCCAACUUUAUAAUGCAGAUUAAUCCUCGGCAUGCGUGCAA